GUCUGCAGCGGGGCGCCGGGAAGAUGGCGGCGCGGGGAGGCAGCGCGGGGGGCGCGGGCCUGGGAUCGGGACCCUCUGCUGGGACGGCGGGGGAGGCCGCGGAGCCCGCGCUGCGCCCGGGAGAGGUGGCCGCGCUGCACCCCCAGGAGGUGGCCGCGCGGUUGCAGCGGAUGCGGCGGGAACUGAGCAACCGGCGGAAAAUUCUGGUGAAAAACCUGCCCCAGGACAGCAGCUCCCAGGAGGUUCACGAGUUACUACAGGACUAUGAGCUCAAGUACUGCUAUGUGGACAGGAAUAAACGAACAGCUUUUGUUACCUUAUUGAACGGGGAGCAAGCGCAGAGUGCGAUUCAGAGGUUCCAUCGGUUUUCUUUCCGAGGCCGAGAGUUAAUAGUGCAGCUGCAGCCCACAGAUGCUCUGUUGUGCAUCACCAACCUGCCCGUCUCUUUCACGUUAGAAGAGUUUGAAGAACUCGUCCGUGCCUAUGGGAACAUCGAGAGGUGUUUUUUGGUCUACAGUGAAGUCACUGGCCACUCCAAAGGCUAUGGGUUUGUGGAGUACAUGAAGAAGGAUUUCGCUGCCAAGGCUAGACUGGAGCUAUUGGGCAGGCAGAUGGGCACGUCGGCACUCUUUGCACAGUGGAUGGAUGUUAAUCUCUUGGCCUCAGAGCUCAUCCAUUCUAAGUGCCUUUGUAUAGAUAAACUGCCCAGUGACUACAGGGAUUCAGAAGAGCUCUUGCAACUCUUCUCUGGUAUCCACACACCGGUGUUUUGCCAGCUUGCACAGGAUGAAGGAGGUCACGGUGGUGGCUUUGCAGUGGUUGAAUAUAGCACUGCAGAGCAUGCCGAAGAGGUGCAGCAGGUGGCGGAUGGCAUCACCGUCAAGGGGAGCCAAGUCCAGCUAUCCUUCUGCGCCCCCGGAGCCCCGGGGCGAAGCACUCUUGCAGCCCUCAUAGCGGCCCAGCGCGUGAUGAACAGCAGUCAGAAGGGAUUACUGCCAGAGCCAAAUCCGGUACAGAUUAUGAAAAGUUUGAACAAUCCUGCCAUGUUACAAGUUCUUCUGCAGCCCCAGCUGUGCGGACGAGCAGUUAAACCAGUUCUCGGAGUCGCACCCAGCUUGUCUCACCUGCUGAGUCGGGCGUCCCUCCCCUCCGCGCUGUUACACUUCAGUAAAGCACAACAGAGCUCAGUUGUGAGUAGCGCGUCACCCUUAGUCCUUCAGAAUCUUUCUCACCUCCCGUUGGUCCAGCAGCAGUUGGUGAAGUUGGACAGUACCCACACUAACAAUAAGCCCGGCUUGCUCGGAGAGCCCCCCACCAUGGUGCUGCAGCCUGCGCUGGCGAUCGGGCCUCCGCUUCCCCUGAAAACGGACCUGGGACACCACGGAGAAGCACACAAAACAUCUAAUCUGAUUCCAACUCAGACGACACUGGCAGCCGGGCUGGGCCUCUUACCGUUCUUCCCACACCAGCUCACUGCCGGACAAGCCGGGCCGGGCCGUGGGACCGCUCAGGAGAAGCAGUCAGCCUCCGCGGGCAUGACCGAAACUAGUUUCUCAGGGUCACAGCAGUAUCUGCAGACCUUCCCAGGCCUUCCUGCUGGAGGCCCGCUGACAGGCCACCAGAAGACGCAGAGCCAGCCGAAAGGCACAGAGGCUGCCUCUAAGAAUCAGACUUCACUCUUGGGAGAACCACCAAAAGAAAUUCGGCUCAGUAAAAACCCGUAUUUGAAUUUGGCAAGUGUGUUACCCAGCGUGUGCCUAUCCACUGCAAGUAAAGGUACAGCACAGAAGACUGGAAUUGCAGGCAACAUUCUGGAUGCAAUCUCUCAGGGAAAUGAGUCCCAGCAUGUACUGGAGAAAUGCGUCACCUACUCUCCACCCUUUGAGGAUUAUGCCCAGGUGUCCUCUUUGAGAAAUGAGAAGCGAGGCUCCUCCUAUCUCAUCUCUGCCCCAGAAGGGGGCGCAGUGGAGCUCGUUGGCCAGCGCCCCCAGGACACAGGCGUGAGCUACACAGAAACCUACUUGAAGAAGAAGCGUGUGUACUGAGCAGGCUGUCUCCUGCCCGCCUGCUGCUCAUCGCUGCCUUAACUCCAUUCACACUAGCCAUAUCCUUUCGAUACGGGUUUCUGACUUCCCAGAAGGAACUGUCACGCAGCAGGCAGGUCAGCCGACUACCCAGCUAGCAAUAAGAAACGUCAUUGGUUGAGGGCAUUUCCCACAAGCAUUAGAUGUGUCUUAAUCCAUGUGAUAACAGCUCAGCUCACUGGAGCAUCAGCAUUCCAACAGUCCUUGUUUUGGGGCCUGGGAACAAUUUUGACAUCAAAGUCUGAAGCAAUAAAUGGGAAACAGUGUUUUGUUUCCUUAGCCUUAGAAUGAAUUUCUUAUAAGCCAAUGUGCAUUUAUCUUACUCUCCCUAAGAAUAAUCUCAUCCGUAGUCUUUCCUCAGACUGCAAGGGUGCCGCCAGACAGAUGCUUGUCGUGCAGACUCCAUUAGUUCUACACCAGCCACGAAAGAGCGACCCAUUGGCAGAGUGACAGUGAUGUCACCUCACAAGCUUGACUCGAAGGUGUCAUUUACCAUUUAUAACCUUUUGUGGAACACAGUACUUCAGGAAAAGUAACUUCGGUUACAUCAUACAAGGGUUAGCGAGUCCACACUAGGGCACAUGCAGUCCACCACCUAGUUUUGUGCCGUCCAUGAACCAGUGAUUACAUUUCUGAAUGCCUGGGGUAGGGGAGAUCUUCCAACCGGAAACUGCAGUUUUAGUGUCCCCGAGAUUUUAUUUGGAACACAGUGACGCUCACUCAUUUCCAUAUUACAUUUGUGUCACAUCGGGAACCGAGUAGCCUCCACAGAACCACAGAGCCUGCAAAGCCUGGACAUUUACUCUCCUGUGCUUCCAACAUAAGGUUUGCUGACCUGUCUCCCUAGUGCUUUUAUCUUCUGGUUAGACAUUGAACUGAGACACACACACGGCAAGGAGCCAAGGUCUCUGUGCCGUUUCAUAGCGUACAGGAGUGAAGCGCUCAUCACUAGACAAGACUGACUUGGCAGCAGAGUCCACACAGCCAUUUCUGAGGGAGUCUCUGGACCAUGUGUGGGACAAUUCUGAGCUAAUAAAGCUCUACCUCACUCUGGUUUAUUAUUCAUUCUUUGGUAGUUAAGCUGAAAGAUAAUAGCUGUUUAAUCCAAGUUACUUCUGAAAGAAUGUUUUGUCUUUAUUAAUGUGACUUUUGACCUCACCAUUUUCUGAAGAUCUUGGUAUGAAUUAGAGAAACCUUUCCAUGUGGAAGUUUGUUCGUUAAGAGACUACAGCUGAUGGAGUUGGGAUCUCAAUGGUCCUACUCUAUAGGAUCAUUAAAAUACCUUAUUUGGGGGACUUGUCAGUUUUGACUAUGAUAUAGAUCUCCAGCAUUAGUUAUAAAGUCUAAAACUGGUACAUGUUAUAUGCUUUAUAAAGAACUUUACUUUGUCUAAUUUAUUGCAUAUACCAGCUUUCAUUGAAAAAUGACAGCUGCCAAGUUCAGACAAUCGUAACCAUACUCCUGCUGGCUGACUAGGACGCGGCACACAGCAGAGACGCUGGCUUCACCAGCCUGCACGGCCCCUCCCUCUGCUGCUGCGGUGUUCGGUGUCUUCAGCACUUAGCCACAGUUGACUUUGUGCAGACAGAACCUAGGGAGGACAGUGACUGCUGCACGGGAGCAGUCAGUGAGAAACAGCCCAGAGACCAUACAGACGCUCCGCAUAGCACAUGAGGGGCUUCCUCGUCACGGCCUGUGCCCAGUGUCCCUGGCCAGAAGAGACGUGCAAACCAACCCCCAAAAAUCUAUGCGGUUAUUUUUCUAUGUCAGCUAAUGGUUUGAAAUGCUUUCAGAAUGCAGAUUUAUUAAAAGGCAUAUGCAUGUGAA